CGCCAUUUUCGCUCGUGGCACAAGCCACGUCUCAACUUCAUGGCAGGAGUAUCGUGUAUGGGGCUCCGUUAAUACAAGCACGGCGAUAAUUUGGAUACUUGCGAUACGCGGUGGUCGCGGCGAAUAAUCAACGGCAACAAGAUGCCUCUAAGAUUAGACAUCAAGCGGAAGCUGACGGCCAGGUCGGACAGAGUGAAGAGCGUGGAUCUUCACCCGACCGAGCCGUGGAUGCUGUGCUCGCUGUAUCAGGGCAACGUCAACAUCUGGAACCACGAGACGCAGACCCUGGUGAAGACGUUCGAGGUGUGCGAUCUGCCGGUAAGGACGGCCAAGUUCGUGCCGCGCAAGAACUGGGUCAUCACCGGCUCCGACGACAUGCAGAUCAGAGUGUUCAAUUACAACACUUUGGAGCGCGUUCAUUCGUUUGAGGCUCACAGCGAUUACGUCAGAUGUAUAGCCGUACAUCCGACACAGCCGUUCAUACUAACGAGCAGUGAUGAUAUGUGGAUAAAAUUGUGGAACUGGGAGAAGUCCUGGAUCUGCCAGCAAGUAUUCGAGGGUCACACGCACUACGUCAUGCAGAUCGUAUUUAAUCCAAAGGACAACAACACUUUCGCCAGCGCGUCCCUGGACAGAACUGUCAAAGUGUGGCAGCUCGGCUCGCCCACAGCUAAUUUUACCUUGGAGGGUCACGAGAAGGGUGUCAAUUGCGUAGACUAUUACCACGGUGGCGACAAGCCGUAUCUGAUAUCGGGUGCCGACGACAGAUACGUCAAGAUAUGGGAUUAUCAGAAUAAGACCUGCGUACAGACACUGGAGGGCCACACGCAGAACAUCUCCGCCGUGUGUUUCCAUCCGGAAUUGCCGAUCGUUCUCACGGCCUCGGAGGACGGUACCGUCAGAAUAUGGCACGCGGGAACGUACAGAUUGGAGUCCUCCCUCAACUACGGUUUCGAAAGAGUGUGGACCAUAGCGUGCAUGCGAGGCUCGAACAACGUUGCCAUUGGGUACGACGAGGGUAGCGUUAUGGUAAAAGUCGGCCGUGAAGAACCGGCCGUUUCGAUGGAUUCGCUUGGCGGAAAGAUCGUGUGGGCACGUCACAGCGAGAUCCAGCAGGUGAACUUAAAGGCGUUGGGCGAGGAGGCGCAGGACGGAGAGCGGCUGCCGUUGGCUGUCAAAGAUAUGGGCGCCUGCGAGAUAUAUCCGCAGACCAUACAGCACAAUCCGAAUGGUCGAUUCCUGGUGGUCUGCGGCGAUGGGGAGUACAUUAUAUACACGUCAAUGGCACUGAGAAACAAGGCGUUCGGACAGGCGUCGGAAUUCGUGUGGGCGGCGGACUCGAGCCAAUACGCAGUGAGGGAGAGCAACACGACGGUGAAGGUGUUCAAGAACUUCAAGGAGAAGAAAAGCUUCAAGCCAGAUUUCGGAGCGGACGGAAUUUUUGGUGGAUUUUUACUCGGCGUAUCGUCCGGAUCUGGGCUCUCCUUCUUUGACUGGGACACGUUAAAGUUGAUCCGUCGCAUAGACAUACAACCUACGCAUGUGUAUUGGGCAGAGAAUGCCUCGCUGGUGGCAUUAGCCACGUCAGAUCAAUAUUUUAUACUGAAAUAUCAGGCGGAUGUUGUCGGUAAUGCCACAGAAAACGCUGAGGACAUUGAAAAUGCAUUUGAGAUGGUAGCGGAGAUGAGCGAAGUGGUGAAAACCGGUUUAUGGGUCGGCGACUGUUUCAUCUAUACUAACAGCGUCAAUCGCGUUAAUUACUUCGUCGGCGGCGAAGUGGUCACUGUCUCUCAUCUGGACAGACCGAUGUAUCUGCUGGGAUAUGUACCGAGAGACAAUAGAUUAUACCUUUGCGAUAAGGAACUGUCUGUCGUAUCGUACGCCUUGCUCCUAUCAGUGCUAGAAUAUCAGACUGCGGUUAUGCGAAAAGAUUUUGAAACUGCCAAUAGAGUAUUGCCGACGGUCCCGAAGGAACAUCGAACGCGAGUAGCUCACUUCUUAGAAAAACAGGGUUUCAAAGAACAAGCUCUAGCGGUAUCGACGGAUCCCGAGCACAGAUUCGAGCUAGCGCUCGCACUAGGAAAUCUCGAAACCGCGCAUACUCUCGCCAAGGAAGCGAACAGCCAGCAGAAAUGGCGGCAAUUAGCGUCCCUCGCCACGCAAAAGGGAAAACUCUGUUUGGCGCAAGAAUGCCUGCACCAAGCGCAAGACUUCGGUGGCCUAUUGUUGCUAGCUACCAGCACGGGAAACGCGGAUAUGAUACAGAAGCUUGGCGCGGUAGCGGACGAAACGGGAAAGAACAAUAUUUCCUUCUUGUCGAACUUCAUAUUGGGCGACGUGGACAAGUGUCUUGACAUCCUAAUCAAGACGGACAGAAUUCCCGAGGCCGCGUUCUUCGCCAGGACAUACGCGCCCAGUAAAAUCUCCUCUAUCAUCAAAUUGUGGAAGGAGAAACUGUCGGCGGUGAGCGAGAAAGCCGGACAGAGUUUGGCGGAUCCCGAGCAGUACGAGAAUCUUUUCCCCGGAUACAGAGAAGCCCUGAAGGUGGAAAAAUUCUUGCGGGAAGAAAGCAAGAGAAAGAUUCCAGCUUCUGCAUUUCCUACCGUUACGUCUAAUGUCGAGCGGAAUCCGUUGGAGGAGAUGUUGGCCGCCGAGCAGUCGGGCGCAUUUCAAUAUCAGGGUAUUCACAGCAUCUUCGAGCUCGAGGAGAAGCCGACUGAAGCGAUGGUCGACAGAUUACAAGAUCUUUCAAUAUCGGGAAUAAAGGAUUUUUUAAGUAAAGCAACCACGUCCACCGUGAAGCCAGAAGUACCUGAGAAAGGAACGACGAAACUCGCGAGUAGUGCCAGGCCUCUCACGAUGGACGACGACGAUCUAGACAUCGAUCUGGAGAUCGACGAUAAUAUCGAUACUACAGGUGUCAAUCUCGAUGAUGAUCUCCUCGAAGAAGAUUAACCGUUGAAACAGGAGCUGAAUGGCGUACAUCCAUCGUACUUUCAUUCUUCUUCUGUUAUCAGUCAUUCCCCAAGAAAAGAAGAAAACGAUGAGAGUCGUUUAGACUCGAGUAUUAAGAUUAUAAAAUUUAUCCCUGUGCGCAAGUAUGUUUGUAUCACUGCAUGAAUUAACAAAGGUAACGCAGCGCGUAUUUUCCGGUUGGCAUUAGCGAAUGAUUAAAAGUUAAAUAUAUUGUUAAUAUAACGGGAAGUAUAAUAUGUGCUCCUAUAUUUCUCGUACUUAUCUCCGUUUUAUUGCGAACGUUUUUCCGUUUCCUUGUUCCUAAACGCAAAACAGUAAAAGCAUUUUAUUUUUUUUAUUUAUUGAAACGCAUAGUAUAGCGUAUUUCUAAGAAUGAGCAGAUAAAAAAAUAUUUAUUAGCAAUGAUUUCUUGACGCUAAUCAGUCCAGUUAUGCGUCCAAGUUUCAGGAUUUUUUUUUUUUUUUUUUUUUUUUUUUAAUUAAAUUUUGAAGACACAAAUAAGUGACGCGAUAUUAUUUUUCGUUUAGUUUGAAGCGGAUUUCAAGCGGAGUUUUAAUUUAGAGCUUAUUAAUAGAUGGAUAUAAAGCACAAAUAUCCAAUUUGUUUUGAGAAGUGACGAAUGUCGGACGAUGAACUCUUUCAUUCGCGCGAAAGGGAUCCUAAAUUUGCCGAGAAACAAGCGCCGUGCAUUUCCAACUUUGGACAUCAGCUGCGCGUAUUCGUCACGUUGCAUUUUCCUUCGGGAUUUUCGGGCCGGCCGGGAGUGCGUGCGUAAAAGCCGGAGUCGAAUCGAUACACUCGUACGUGUCACAAGGUGCCGGGGGGAAAAACAAAGAGGCGCAGUUAGCACGAGCCGUACGUGCCCGGCCGUGCACUCACGAAAGAGGGAACGGGCGUGCGUGUUGAGGCAAAAUAUACUCGUUAUUAACGCCAACAGGAAAAGGAGGUGCGAAGAGUUAAACUUAUCUGAGUAACCGAGGAAAUAGCGCAAUUUUUUUUUUCAUAUAGAGAGAUUAAACACGAUGUUAAUGUAUCGUAAUUUUUUUUUUUUAUUUGACUGCGCAAUAUUGUUCUUCACGCGCGUUCUUAUUUGCAUGUUUCAAAUAGACCUACAUGUUUGCCGGUAAGCAACAUUCCCCUCAUAUGUAAAAUACAAAAUCAAUGUAGCGUAAUUAUAAUAUAAUUAUUUUAAAACAUCGAUGUUAAAAUAUUAACGUCGUAAUUAAUUAAAAUGUCGACGUCGCUGAAUGUAAAGUAAACAUCCAACGCAAGCGUGCGUGAUUACUCCGCCGAUAUCCGGAACGUUUCUAUACGUGGUACGGGACGCGAAUUUAAAGCGCGACGCGUUGUUUUAAUAACGUGUGCACCGAUCAAAACGAUAAUUCUCCCAUUCCGGCCGAUGUCGGAUCGGAGUGCGUCAGCCGUCGGCGCGGAGGUGCGGUUUUUUUUACGCGCUGAAACGCACUCGUUGCAGAUCCUCGGCGGAACGACGACGCUGAGGUCGGCGUUCUCGAAUUCGAGCCUCGCUCGCCCGAUCGCAAAAACGCACGAAUAAGCUCCCCGGGUUUGUCGCAUGCACGCCAUGCACGCGCAUUGCAACUCGGGUUUCCGACCGGUGGAACGACAAUGAGAGAAAGAGCCGCAGUAGAUCGGGCGAAUUAUCGCGCUUAUGACGAUAUCAUGGAUUAUUGCGUGCGAAUAUAUCUGUCGCAGGAAUUUCGUGUAAUUAGCUUUUUUUCGCAAAAUUCCUAGAGAAUCCACAAAAAACCGUGAUAUUGUGGUAUGAAUAAAAUUACACCAUUAAAAAUAAAAAUUGCACAAUUUUACUAGUGAUUUAGCAAAAUUCUAUAGGUUCUGUUAGUGAAAUUGUGAGCAAAAAUGUUUAUUAAUCUGUAUUUAUAAUUAUAAAUAUAAUUAUAUAACGUUAUAUUUAUAAUUUUUAUUCAUUCCACAAUAUCCCGAUUUUUUUGUGGAUUCCUUAGAGAUUUUGUAACGAAUUACACGAAAUUCCUGCGACAUAUCCAUUUGGCGUUUCGCGAGAAUAAUAAUAAUCUUUGUUACAAUGCACAAAAAUUUGAGACUAACAAGUCUCAUAACUACGAAAGACAUGAAGAAAUGAGAAAGAAUUGCUCCUCGCUGAUCUUUUUUUUUGCUCGUACAUAAAAACAACUUUUAUUACGAUCCUUGGACGCGCGUGUUUACAUUCUUAAAUAUUGUACAUAUAAAAUAGAAAAUAAAAUGAAAUUUUCUAAUAUUAA